GUCAUCAGUCCGUCUAGCAGCAGCAUGGCAGUAACAACACUGUGCGUCGUCAUUGCCGCUCUGAGAGUCCUUCCCAACAGAUCCCAGUUCUUCCAGUACGAGUCGGUCACGCUGAGCUGUGGGCCGCUGGGAGGCUCUGCUGGCUGGAGAGUCAAGAGGAACACGUCCACAAACAUUAACGAACCCUGUGGUAGAACAAACACAACUCCCUGCGUCAUCAGUGAGCUGUACCCGUUUGACACCGGCGUGUACUGGUGCGAGUCUGCAGCGGGGGAAUGCAGCAACGCCGUCAACAUCACUGUGAUCGGCGCUGGUUCUGUGGUCCUGGAGAGUCCCGUCCUUCCUGUGAGGGACGGAGACACCGUGACUCUGCGCUGCAGAACCAAGGCGUCCUCCUCCUCCAACCUCACGGCUGACUUCUACAAAGAUGGCCGCCUCAUCAGGAGCAGCUCCACAGAAAACCUGACCCUCCAGAGGGUUUCAGCUCUAGACCAAGGACUCUACAAGUGCAACGUGUCUGGAUCUGGAGAAUCCCCCGACGGCUGGCUGGCUGUCAGAGGUCCACACUCUAAAUCCAGCCUGGUGCACAGAGCUUUUUGUUCCUUUGCAUUGAGGCCAACAUGUGGUUUUUCUGUUUUUGAAGCAGGGCAUUCUGGGUCGCCUGAGCCGCCAGAGCCGCCUGAGUCCCUCUUCACUCGCGUUCUACUUCCUGUGGUGGGCCUGGCGCUGGUGGUGCUGGUCUCGGUGGUGCUGCUCUGCCUGUGGGGGAGACGCAAAGGUAAAGUGGAGCGUGACGUCUCGUACACCGACGUCAUCGUCACACAGGAAGUGCAGCCCAACAGGAUCAAAGACAUGGGGGACUCCGGGGAGACCUUCUACUCGACCCUCCAACCGGUGAAAAACCAGACAGGAAGCAUCGACGGUCUCAGUCCCGGGGGGUCUCAAAGCGUCUCCGGGUCAGGGUCCUCUGGAGUCUGGUACUGACGCUCAGAGUCUCCGAAGUCAGGAGGAUUUCAACGUGUGGAAAUGUAUAUUUUAUGAUUGAUGUCCAAUGUGCUUUUACUGAGUUACAACGGUAACUAAAGGGUGAAAACUAGCUAACAAGCUGAAACUGAAGUGUAAUAAAUCCCAUGAAAGUAAAGACGGUGAACGCCUCUCCUGUUUGACCAUCCGUCUCGUCUGUCCCGUCUGUCCCAGGACUUCUCAACACCAGUUUGUCUGCAGGAAUCAAAAUCUAAGGUUUUCAGUGCGAGCCCCUGGUGAGAGAUUCAUUCAUUCACUC